GCAAAGUGCGCGACAGCUUUUUUUUUUAAGAUCGCCAACCACUAAGGCAAACUACAGAAAUUAAAGGGAUGGGAAUGCUACAUGUGUAUAAAGUGGGCGGGGCUUAACGGAGCGGACGUUUUCUUUAAUCUCUUUAUUGUGUAUUUUUAAUUCAAUUUCUACUGCAUUUUCUCACUGUCAUUAUACAGGUUUUACACACUGUCCAGUUCGCUGCUGAAGAGGCACAUACAUGGCGUUUUCACGUGUAGCCACCUGUUCACACGGAACACGUUUUUGCGUCUGUGCAGUGUUUCUAUAUUAACACGCGCGGUCUAUUGCCGCGUUUUUAGAUGCCUUGUCAGGUUAAACAGAACUACAGCUGUUACAAACGCAUUUCGAAACAACAGCGUUCUGUUCUACUCGUGGCGCUGAAUCUAGGUUUUUUGGAGUAAGAACGCGUUAAGAUGAAUAGCCCCUUUCACUUCACUUUUCUCCGCGCAGGGUUAUACUUGUGUGUGUAGAGAGAUGUCCCACUCUCGGAUGUCUUUCAUGUCUGCUGUGCUCUGCUUUGCCCUUUUUCAUCUAAUUUUGUGUCAGAACUGCUCAGAGAACUGUAAAGCAUGUGGAGGAAUAGAGAAAGACCAGUGCUUGCAGUGUCAUACGGGAUUUACCCUGCACGACAACAUGUGUGUGGAUAUUGACGAAUGUGGUACUGAACUGGGUCAGUGCCCUUACAACACAUACUGCUUGAACAACCAUGGAUUUUAUGAGUGCAUAGGAUGUGACAAGGCUUGUAUAGGCUGUGUGGGUGGAGGAGCUGCCCGUUGUAAGAAAUGUGCUGUAGGAUACAGAUCAUCAGGGAUGAGAUGUUUAGAUAUUGAUGAAUGCAGUGAGGAGGUGUUGGCCUGCCCUGGUUUCAAUGUCUUCUGUGUGAACACAGAAGGGUCUUAUCAGUGUCAGUGUGCAGAGGGAUACACACCCAAGGACAACACCUGUGAGAGGAACCAACCAGCAGCUGGUGAAGAAAAGGGUUUUUUUGAUGACAUCCAGGAGGAUGAAAUCGAGGUUCUACAGCAAAUGUUCUUUGGUGUGGUGCUGUGUGCAUUGGCCACAUUGGCGGCAAAAGGGGACCUGGUGUUUACCUCCAUCUUCAUGGGUGCUGUGGCUGCCAUGGCUGGAUACUGGCUCUCUGACAAGAGUGAUCGAGUGAUGGACACUCUCAUAAGAGGGAGAUAAAUGUGUGUAUGUAUGUGUAUAUAUAUAUAUACACAUACACAUUCAUGCAACAAACUUGUAAAGUUAUUUGCAAUUUAAGUUUUUAAAUAUUAUUAAUUUUUUUGUGGUUGUGGCUCUAUAUAACACUGCAAAAUACCCAUAUGUUGAUGCUUAACUCUAAUUGAUCCAAGGAAAAUGUCAAGAUGUUUGCUAAAUAUAAAAAAGAACUAGUUCACGCCAUCAAACUCAUAAAAUGACAAAAGGGUACAAAAAGUUUACUUGUGGGCUAAUUUCCAAAGCUUCUGAAGCCAUAAAAUAGUACUUGACUGAUACAAUUAUCUUCAUUUGAACUCUUAAAUCCCAUUCAAACUUUCAAAUGUUUAUUUUUUUUACCAUUUGCAUUUUCAAAUAUUUUUAAAGGUUUGAUAUCAGUGACACCAAACAUGAAUUAUUAUAAUUAUAAGAUUAAAAUGAAACAAAAAAAAGACAUUUUCUAGUGACAAAGACAAGAUAUUUUCUUGUGACUGCGUACUAAUUAAGGCUGUCAAUAAAUUGUUUUAAUCUAAUUAAUUACAUGAAAUGCUGAUUUUUAUUUUUUUACUAGAAAACAAUACAAAAAUUAUGAUCAAGAAUAUGAUUUUUGCCCUAAUAUUACUUAGAAAAAAAUUAAUUAUGAUCCAACUUAAAUUUUCUUGAUAAAAAAAAAUAUGAUCGUGCCUGGUGACGUUCAUGUAAAAUGGCAAGAUAUUGCAAUUUAAACAAGGUUUAUUUCUAUUUCUUCUGCUCCAAUCUUACUUAUCUAUCUGCUUGUAUGAAUGUAACACAUCAUAAGAAAGUGUUUCACCGCUGUUCAAAUGAACUUUGGAUCGCAUUUAUAUGUAUAAAUGUUUUCCAUCUGAAAGGACUAAAUAUUAAAUGAAACAAAUGACAAUGAAGUGCAAACUUAUCUCUUCAGUAAUCAAAAUACUUUUUGAAUGUAACUGUAUUCUUAAUAGCAGUGAUUUAAAUUGUAACUAUAGUGGAAUACAGUUACUUAUAUUUUGUAUUUUAAAUACAUAUUCCCGUUACAUGUAAUACAUGUAAUAAUGUACAGAUUUUGCUGUUUUGAAAGGAAAUUGGUACUUUUACUCACCAAAGUGGCAUUCAACUGAUCACAAUGUAUAUUCAGGACAUAAAUAAUGUGAAAAAUUACUAAUACAAUUUGAAAAAGAAAAAAAAAAAAAAAAGAGUUCAAUUAAAAAAAAUCCUCCACAUGCAGCAAUGACAGCUUUGCAGAUCCUUGGCAUUCUAGCUGUCAGUUUAUCCAGAUACUCAGGUGACAUUUCACCCCACACUUCCUGUAGCACUUGCUAUAGAUGGAGCUGUCUUGUCGGGCACUUGCCAUGCACCUUACAAUCUAGCUGAUCCCACUAAAGCUCAAUGGGGUUAAGAUCCAUGUGACGAGGAGGAGAGCGUGGCGGGGACGUGACUACACACGCCCGGCUCCCAAUCAGUCUAAUCAGCCGAAGUGCAGCGGACCGCGUCAGAUCGGGAGAACCACAUGCAGCUGCCAUGUGUGUGUUUAUGUUGUGUGUCUUUUUGUUUUCAUAAAACAUUAUUUUGACGGUCCAGCCAGUUCCCGCCUCCUCCUUUCCCAACCUUAACCUUGUUACAUAGGUGCCGAAACAAGGGAAGGAGGAGGGAUGCGCUGUCGUGGAGUACUCGCCACUGCCAUCCACCUAAAGGAGUAGCCUGGGCCAUUCACUGGGCUCCCUACCGGAUGCCAAAACGUGGAGGGGAGUUCCUUCUGCCAGGGGUCAGAGGAUUUGCUCCGGUCAGCCCAGGUAGGAGCAGCUGUCAUCCUCCAGAUGUUGGGGAGUGGCUGAGAGCCGGGCGACAGCGAAUCUGUGCUGGCAAACAAGGUUAUUCCCCUCUCUCUCUCUCGCUAUUGCUCUGCCCUUUCCCUUUUCGUUUUUUCCCUUCCCUCGUCCCCCUCCCCAGCCCUAGAGAGGCGGGGAAAAGCCCAUGACAAAAGUGGCUUUAUCUUUGCAAUUCUUCCCAUAAGGCCUGCACCCGAGUUUUCUCUUUACUGUUGUACAUGAAACUGGUGUUCAGCAGGUAGAAUUCAAUGAAGCUGUCAGCUGAGGACAUGAGGCGUCAAACUAUAAACUCUGAUGUCUUUGAAGACUAUAGUGUACACCUUUGUAUGAAAACUUCAGUUUUUAUUUUUUGGCAAUUUCAAGCAUUGUGUAGCCUUCAUUCCUCAAAACAAUGAUUGAUUGACAAGUUUUUAAAGAAAGCUGUUUCUUUUUUUGCCAAUUUGACCUAAUAUUGACCUCAAGACAUGCCAGUCUAUUGCAUACUGUGGCAACUCAGGAACAAAAACUAAGACAAUGUUAAGCUUCAUUUACCAGCUUUCAACUGUGUUUGAUAUAAUGGCAAGGGAUUUUCUAGUACCAAAUUACCAAUUUAGCUUGAUUACUCAAGGAUAAGGUGUUGGGAGUGAUGGCUGCUGGAAAUGGGGCCUAUCUAGAUUUUAUCAAAUUACUUUUUUCAAAUAAUGAUGGUGCUGUUUUUUACAUCAGUAAUGUCCUGACUAUACUUUGAUCAGCAGAAUGCCACUUUGGUGAAUUAAAGUACCAAUUUUCUACUGAAACAGCAAAAUCUGUACAUUAUUCCAAACUUUUGGCCACCAGUAUCUAUAUGUGUAUAAAUAUAUGAAUAUAAAAAUAUGAAUUGACAUUUGCAUACAUCAGUAUUUGCUGCAAAAGUCCCCCAAAUAAAAGAAAAUUAAAUAUAUGAUUAUAUAUAUAUAUAUAUAUAUAUAUAUAUAUAUACACAGUAUCUC